AUGCCAUCGACAUUCACUCACCAUUUCAACACUGCUGCUUACAAAGGAACUGUCGCCGUCCCUCUUGGCCUUUAUAUCAAUGGGGAAUUCGUUGAUCCCGUAGAGAAUGGUACUCUGGAUGUUCACAACCCUUCGACUGGGAAAAUUGUAACCUCUAUUGCUGCGGGAACGAAAGCUGACAUCGAUAUCGCUGCACGUGCUGCAAAGAAAGCUUUUAAAACUUCUUGGGGACUCAAGGUUCCAGGGGCUCAACGCGGAAAGUUGAUGGCAAAACUUGCAGAGCUGAUGGAAAAGCACAUCGAAGAAUUCGCUGCGUUAGAUGCGCUUACAAAUGGAAAGGCUUUUAAAACUGCUUAUGGGCGUGAUCUCAAGGGAGCCAUAUCAGUCAUGCAGUAUUACGCUGGAUGGGCCGACAAAAUCACUGGUAAAACUAUUGAGACCAAUGAAAAUAAGAUGGCCUAUACCAGACACGAGCCGAUUGGCGUUGUGGGACAAAUUAUCCCAUGGAAUAUCGCUCCAGCCCUCGCGACUGGCAACACCAUUGUUCUCAAGCCGUCCGAGCUUACACCACUUUCUGCCCUCCUGUUCUGUACUCUCAUCGCCGAAGCGGGCUUCCCACCAGGUGUAAUCAAUAUCGUGAAUGGAUAUGGUGCUACAGCAGGUCAGGCAAUCAGCGAAAGUUUGAUCAUCGAGAAAGUUGCUUUUACGGGAAGCACGCUCACUGGAAGAAAGAUAAUGGAAGCCGCUGCGAAAAGUAACCUCAAACCUGUCACGCUUGAACUUGGCGGAAAGAGUCCGAACGUUAUAUUCGAUGAUGCAGACCUUGAUCAGGCUGUCAAAUGGGCUAUUCACGGAAUAUACUUUAAUCAUGGGCAGAACUGUUCUGCUGGUUCUCGUAUUUUCAUCCAAGCCGGGAUAUACGAUGAGUUCCUGCGUCAAUUCACCGAACAAGCGCUUGCUCUUAAAGUUGGUGACCCUUUCGACCCAUCCACAUUCCAAGGCCCACAAGUAUCCAAAACACAAUUCGAGCGCAUUAUGGGUUACAUCAGCUCGGGCAAGAGCGAUGGUGCAACAGUCCACAUUGGAGGAAACCGAAUUGGAGAAGAAGGAUACUUCAUCCAACCCACGAUUUUCACUGAUUGUACAUCCAACAUGAAAAUCGUUCGAGAGGAAAUAUUUGGGCCAGUAGCGUGUGUCAUGAAAUUUACGACAGAAGAAGAGGCGAUUGAGCAGGCGAAUGAUACGUCUUACGGCCUAGCUGCUUCUGUUUUCACGAAGGAUAUAGACAGAGCGAUUCGAUUCGCCCAUGCCCUCGAGGCGGGGACUGCUUGGUCCCCAUUAAUAAACUUGGUCCAGAUCAAUUGUGCAAACCAAACUGAAAUAUCCCUACCUUUUGGAGGCUUCAAACAAUCAGGAAUCGGGCGCGAGUUGAGCGAGUAUGCAUUGGAAAACUACACAAAUGUCAAAGCUGUUCACGUCAACAUUGGAAUUAGGCUGUAG